AUGUCAACAAUAGAUAUUGAUAAAACAAAAUCCAAAUAUGUAACUUCAUGUCAACAAACACAAUUAUCUGGUACAUCAAAGAUAAUAUUUACAAAUAAUACAAUUAGAAAUGAUAUUUCUCCAGAAACUAUAUUUAAAACUGAAUUACAUAGAAGAAAACAAUACGAAAAUCAUCUGGCCAUACUAAAUUUACAUAAAGAACGUAAUUCUUAUCCUUCUGCACUAUCAUCUAUGCCACAACCUACAAUCGGAAACGAUGAUAACGAUUUUAUAAAGGAAUGGAAUGAACUAUUAAAUGAUUCACGUCGUAAUUUAAUGAAUAAAACAACAGAAUAUAUGGAAAAUAAUUUAAUCGAAAUUAAUGGUAAAAUAGAAUCGGAUUUUGAAUUUGAAGCUAAUGACUUGUCGAAAAGUACCAUUCAAGCAUCAUCGCGCAGUGACAGCCCAAGUUUAGGAACGGCAAUUGUGAACACCCAGAUAUUGACAAUAUUUAAAUUUGAAGGAAAUCAAGUUUAUGUUUAUAGUGCACUGUCAAAUGAAAAUGAAAAUUUGAAUUCACCACAAAAAUGGAUUUUCUAUUUUGUUCCAAUAAUGUUACCAGAAAGUGAAGAUUGGGUGACUGCUUUCAAAAGUGAAGUUCGUGUGACAUUGAUGCUAGGAAAUGACGAAGUAGAAGAAAUAGCUCGAAAAGCAAUUAUCGAAAAAUAUGAUCUGUCCGUUUCACAAUAUUCAAAGUUUUGGACGGUUGCCCCAUUGAUGAUCGAUUCUCUAAUGUCAUACAUUGUUAAAGGAAGUAAUUCACCGGUUGAAGGCGUCCAUCCUCAUACAGAUAAAAAUCCAAAUAAAUUAUCAAUCACCUUUCGAUUUAAAUGUUCAACAGAAGAAACGGCAAAGGAAAUUGUCCAAAAAAUUAUUGAUAGUGAUUAUGAAAUCGAAAUAGCAUCCUAUUUUGCCGGUUUCAAACAAGUUUCUACAAAUUUCGUUUCAAUUAACAGCGAUCAACUGAAAAGUGUUAUAAGCAAAACAAUAGCUGACGGAGGAAACAAAAAUGCUGAGUACGUUCACAAAUCAGACAUAAAGAAUGUUCACACCAAAAAGAGAGAGGUCGAACGUGGACAGAUGAGGGGUUGA